UGAGUAGGGGAAAAAUAACUGCAUAAUCAAGAAUAAAAUGUACAACAGAGACUUCCAACAAGUUUAUAAAUCAAUAAAUACUAAACAGUUAAGUUUACUCGUUCUCGCUCUCAUUAAAACAUUGUUGUCCUUAUUUGUUUUUUUAUCGUUCAACAUGCGGUUGUUCAGUCGUUCUUGCCAAAGUGAAGAACGUUUAGUAGGAAAAACCGUUGUGAUAACUGGUGCAAAUACCGGAAUUGGAAAAGAGACUGCAAGAGAUCUUUAUAGACGAGGAGCCAGAGUGAUUCUUGCAUGCAGAAAUGUUGCCAAAGCUGAAGAAGCAGUAGAAGAGAUCAAAACUACUCCGCCUACGAAACCUAACAGAGCACAGUUUAAUGGAGACCCUGGUGAAUUGGCUGUUUGCCAUCUGGAUCUAUGUAACCUUGCUAGCGUCAGAAAAUGUGCACAGAUCCUUAAUGAUACUGAAGCCAAUAUUCAUAUUCUUAUCAACAAUGCCGGCGUCAUGAUGUGUCCAUACGCUAAAACAGAUGAUGGAUAUGAAACUCAAUUUCAAUCUAAUCAUCUUGGUCAUUUCUUGUUUACUCUUCUAUUGCUUCCAAAAAUCAUUAAAUCAACACCUGCAAGAAUAAUCAAUGUCUCUUCUUUAGCGCAUGUUUUUGGUGAUAUUAAUUUUGAUGAUAUUAAUUCGGAACGAUCGUAUUCUGCAAGAACAGCUUAUGCACAAAGUAAACUUGCUAAUGUAUUAUUCACGAAAGAAUUAGCACGUCGAUUGGAAGAAGUUAAAAUCGAAGGAAUUACUACAUACUCUCUACACCCUGGAGUAAUAGCCACUGAUUUAGGUCGACAUUUCAGCAAAACUAUGUUUCCUGGAGCUCGAUUUGGCUUUGAAAAUCUUCUGGCUCCAUUUAUAAAAACUCCAGAACUUGGAGCACAAACUACAAUUCAUUGUGCUACGGAUAAAAAAGCAGGAACUGAGACAGGAUUAUAUUACAAGGAAUGUGGUAUAACUUCAUCUUCAUCUGCAUCAAACAACAUUGAAAAAGCUCGUCGGCUUUGGGACGUAAGUGUUAAACUGAUUGGCGCAGAGCCUAAGAAUGACCUGAAUGAGCUUCUGGCUUCACUUGUUCCUACAAAAUAAUUAAUAUUUCUAUUUAUUCCUAAGUUAAUAUAUAAUAUGUACACGAUUAAAGUUUAAUAAUCACAAUGUCAUAGUUGUUGAUGCUAUAAAACAUUCUAUAUUCAUUAUACCAUACUAAUACAUUAACAUUUUAUAAUAAAUCUUCAAAUAGAUGCAAUGAAAU